GGUAGCCAGAGAGAGGGCCUUGAAUACUUGGGAACCGCUAAAGGGUUAUGGGAACUUGAAGUUCUAGGGCUUCGCUAGGGUUUCGGUUAGAAUUCUAGGGCUGGGACUCCAGAAGAUGAAUUACUUGGAGCUUCAAAUUUUGCCUGCAGUGGUGAAUUGCGACAGUUAGCUAUUGGAAUCGCUGCUGCGGGUGGUAUCCAGCGGAAGACUUAGAUUUAGAGUGGGCAUUUCCUCAGGCUACUGAAGGUGAGGUGAUUGGCGGUGGCUGCAUCUGCUCGUAGUCUUCAAUCGAGGGUGUGUUUCUCGUGUGUCUGGGGGUAAGAAAUGAAGCAGGUUCUUGAGGAGCUUCUUGUGGGAUGAUCCUGGUUUUAUAGAAUCCUACAAUCCUGGGGUCGAUGUCUUUAGACAUGUACUCGUCAAUGAUAUUCCAGUCUUAUCCUACCGAAUGUAAUAUUACAUCUUAACGAGUUCUCUUAGCCGAAUGGGAUGCUAUGGGCUUCUGGUUGAUCGUUUAGCGAGACCGCGCCUCUUUAACAUUAUGUCAUGUAGUUAUCUAUGUCAUCCUAGGAAAAAAUUAUCUCAGAUGUUGUCUGUUUCGGCUGCAAAUUUAAAUUCCCUCGUAACCUCCACUAUUGAGAGUAAGGCCAUGGGAGAAAGCCUCAAGGUAGUGUACAAGCCACUGCAGUCCACGCAAGGGACGGGUAUUGAACCAACUGUAGUAGCUGAGGGAUUUCAGGGAUGCCCAGCUGCUCAAACUGAUGCCUCUGAUGAUGACAAUGGUGGCGUCACUAGUACAAGCUUCACAGCUCGGCGACCAUUCUGCGAUACAUGUCGGAAAGCUCAGUCUCUUUGCAUCUGUGUUCGGAUCAAGAUGAUUGUAAAUAACAAAGUCGGCAUUACCAUUCUCCAACACCCAGAGGAGAAGGAUCAUCACUUGGGAACUGCAAGAAUAGCCGCUUUGGGCCUGCGCAAUGUGCAGGUACUGUCAAUCCCUGAGACUGAUGAGAGAGUUUCCUUCCGAAUUCGUCAAAAAGUUCCUGGUUCAAAGCGCAGCAUAACUGGCAGGGUUGGCAAUAAAGGAAAAGUUAAGCUUGAACCACAGACAGCAGUAGUAUUGACACCAGAUGUUCAAGAGAGCGAAGCUGAUCAUCAGCAAUCUUGUGAUCCUCAUUUGAUUCCUGCCUGGAUGAACUUGCCCCCCAGGGUGGGGCUGUUAUUUCCCAGUGACAAGGCAAUUGAUCUGGUACCCGAACUUUGUGAAGGAAUGGAUUGCCCAAGCCACUUUAUAGUUCUGGACGGUACAUGGUCCAAGGCCAAGCGAAUCUAUUUCGAGAACCCUUGGCUCCACAAUUUGCAACAUUAUAAUCUGCCUCUCUCGACUCCUAGUAUGUAUGGUCCUGUAAGGCGGCAGCCCAAAGAGGGGUGUUUAUCAACUGUCGAGAGCAUUGUCUGCGCAUUGAAAAUGCUGGAGCCUGCUACUGUUGGUCUUGAUUCACUUUUAGAAGUGUUUAACUCUAUGAUUGAAGAUGCCAAGGGUUUUCAAGCACAGACUGAACUCAAAUAUCGGCGAAGUGGUAUGUGACAAUCUCAAGUGGUACCUUCAUUGCAGAACAUACCCUACAGGUCAGAUUUGCUGCAGUACACUCCACCUGUUGUGGUAUCUUCAGGAAAGAAUAAGUGGCAAUAACUUCAGAAUAUUGAGUGUCUCUAUUCCAUCAGUUGCUCUUUCUCGUCUUUAUAGACUGGUUAUCUACACUGCAACAAACCUGCGUGAUAGGUGGUGAGGAGGCUGAUGAGCCCAGAACCAGAGCACUGCUACUCAAGUCUUACAACAUUUUUUUUGUUGAAGCCUUUGAGGUGAUUUUUCUCCUUCUCAAUACAAUUAUCUUUUUAAGGAGCACGAUAAACGAACAACAAUCGUAUAUCGAAAUGUAUUCCAGGUGUAUUAUGCAUCUUGGCUAACAGAAUGUAACAUCUUGGGCCAAAUUUAGUUCUAAAAGUCUCACCGAGGUUUCAUUGGUCAGUCGAUGUUGAUGAAGCGAUCCCUAGUUUUCA